CUUCGUUGUGUUAUGAUUAUAGCUUGCAAAGUAUGAAAGUCCUGAAAUAUAUAAAAAGUCACUGUGGGUGUUAGAUACUGUGAAAAUUUAUAGCUUCAAAAUUUAUCGUUUUAUCCCAAAAAUCCAUUCCAAUUUGAGAGUUUAGUAGUUAGAAAAACGGUCUCUAUUCUAUUGGCUAAAUAUGUACUUUUAUAUAAUUCAUAAAAUUACACAGAAAGUUAUUUGCAUAUCCUCCGUUCCAAACCAACCUGCGAACGGGUGAGCUUAGAAACGAAAAUUACUAUGAAAUAAUAAUACAAAAUCUUUUACGUGUCAAGAAAUUCAACUUUAAAAUAGCAGUAACGAGAAUUAUGUUCAAUAAUAUUGUAUAGCAUUUUGUUAAAAGAAAACUAAUGAUGGAAGAAGAAUAUAAAAGGAUUUUAGAUUGUCAUCGUGAUAAAUUUCGUCAAGCAGUAAACAUCGAAAGAUUAAGUUCGUCGCUUCUUAUAAGUCAUAUUUUGAACGAGUCAGAUUGGAAAAUUAUUGAUGAUAAAAAUGGGAGCGAAAGAAUUGAUAUUUUAAUAGAUAUAUUGAAGACGAAAGGAUUUGAUAAAUUUAAACGAUUUUGCGUUAUUUUGGAGACGACUUACCCCUAUAUGUUAAAUUGUAUGUUUCUUGGAAUGGAACCACCAAAGAAUAUAUACACACCAGGUCCAUGCCACAUGUCCCAAAACAAGUUAAAGCUUGAACAAGACAAAGACAUUAAUUCAAGUGAAGUUUGUGGAAAAAGUGUAGUACAUCGCAGUGUUAGCAUGAGUGAACAUGAGUCGUGUAAAGAAACAAAAUCUGUGAAAUCAGAACUUAGAAUUGUUCAAAGAAAGUAUGAUUCGGUCCUAAAGAAGUUGAAGAAAAUGGAACAAGAAAGAACAGAGAAGAAAAUCAGUUUAGAUGAAAGAGAAGAUUGUGAUUAUAAUGAUUCAAUUGUACAAGAGAAAGAAAGAGAGUGUGAACUUAUAAAGCAGAAAUAUGAAGAUGCAGUGAAAGAGGUUGAAAUACUUCGAAAAAAAGUUGAAGAAGUUUGUGCUGAAUGUACAAAUCAUUUGAUGGAAUCAGAACAUUUUCGUAACUUGCAUUUAGUUGGCCUAAAUAAAUGUGAUCAGCUUGUUCGUGAAGCUCAAAUGUUAAAUCAAAAACUUAAUUCAAGUGAAAUGGAACGAGAAAAAUUGAAACAAGAUUAUGAAGAGAUAAUUCUUCUACGUGAACAAGAAAAAAAGGAAAUAAGCGAGCUUCGUGAUGAUAAUCGACCUCCUGUUUGGAGCGAAAGUAUAAAUCAGGAAAACAUGGAAAAUUCGCAUUUUAAAUUUCAAAUUGAUGUUAAAGAAUACGAAGAACUCGAUAAAAGUUUUACAGAUUUGAGAAAGCGUUUUUCUGGCGUCACUGUCCAGUUAGAAAAUUCGGAAAAGGAGCGAACAUAUUGGAAACAGCAAUGUGCAGUUACUAAACGUAGUUUGGAGAAAGCUGUUCAAGAGAACGAAGUGAUGAUUGGUCGCGUACACCAGGCUGAACUACAUCGUGAUGCUGCUGUCAAAGAAACAGACGAAGCACUUGCUUUACAAAUGAAGGCCACACGGGAGCUGACAAAACUAAAGGAUGAACGAAAUAAUGCGUUAAGCGAAUACAGACUUGUCAUGAGUGAACGCGAUAGUGUUCAUAAAGAGAUAGAUCGCCUCCAGGAAGAUGCAAACAAAGCUCAAGAAGAUGUUGAGAAACGCAGAAAAGAAGUGGAAAGAUUAACAUUUGAAAAUGAAAGCGCGUUUCAUGAUUUAAAUAAUGUACAAAGCGAACGAGACAAGGCAAUGAAAGAAUUAUACUUGGUGAAGCAACGAAUGAAGCAGUUAAUGUCAGACGUCGAUGAACUAUCGAGAGAUCGCGAGAAAGCUCGCGAGGAUGCUGAUAUGUUUCGUGAAGAACGCGACGCAGCUCGUCGAGAACGUCAUGAGGCGAUUAUACACCGUGAUAAAAUACUUCGUGAAUGUUUUGAAGCAAAGCAACGUCAUGAGACAUUCAAAGGUGACAGUAAAGAGAGUGAAAUCUUAAGAAAACAGUUUGAUGCUUUGUCUAAAGAACUUGCAAACGCUCUGAGUGAAGCUGAAAUAUCCAAGAAACGAAGAGAUUGGUCCUUCAAUGAAAGAGAUAAAAUGGCAAAGGAAAGAGACGCUGCCAAAACGGCUUGUGAUGUUCUACGAAAGGAACGUGACAGAGCUGUUAGUGAUUUAGCAGCAUUACUAAAAGACACAGAUCAGAUCAGACGCGAGCAGAGUAAAUCAAUGGAGGAGUUGAAAUCUCUUCGUGAAAGAAUAUCUUUUAGACUUGAAACAGAUACACAUGGUGAAAUGGUGACCAGCAUGGAUUCUGCUAUUGAUACUGACUCUUGUUUUGAUUGGGUGACAGAACUUGUUGUGUUAAAAAAGAAAAGUCCAAAAGAUAAGUUAGGUUUUGAUGUAGCGGCCAACAAUUCAAGCAUAAUUAUAACAAACGUUUUUGAAGACAGUCUUGCUUAUGGAAAAUUAAGAGUUAAUGAUUGUGUACUUCGUGUCAACAAUGUUGACGUUUCAGAGAUGAAAUAUGAAAAAGCUAUUGAAGCACUUAAUGGAAGCAGCAAUUUAAAUAUAACUGUACGUCGAAAAAAAGUAAUCAAUGCAAAUAAGCAUUUUUCCAUACAUCUUAAAGUGCCUCUCGGUAAAGAGUUGGGAAUAUUAAUUGAUGAGAAUAAGACGAUAAACUGGAUUAAACCUGGAAGUGUGGCUGACCUGGAAAAGAGGCUUUGUCUUGGAGAUGAGAUUCUUACUGUCAAUGGAACUCCUGUAGAUGAUUUAUCACAAGCUGAAACUGAGGAUCUUCUCAGUUCUAGUAUAUUGACGCUAGAAGUACAAAAGAGUCCACAAGUGUAUCCCAUUGAACCCCUUACAUCCCUUCUUGUUGAAGUUGACGAGAAGAUUAAAAAGGAUUCAAGUAUUCGUGAAAGAGCCGAGUUCAAAGAAGCCAUGCUAGCUGACAGCUUGUCUGCACUUCAAGGGUCAGAAAAAGUUGAAAAUAGUGAGAUAUCGAGUGCAUUGCUUAAUGAACUUGAUGAGAUGGCUUGGUUAAACGAUAAUUCGUCUAUUUUCUCACCAAGUACGACAUUAAAUAUGUCGCCAUCUCUCACACCGCUUUAUGAAGAUAGAGAACCAACCGACUUUUCAGAAGUUGUUGAUCGUCGUUUUACAACAAGCUCAACAGAAAAGUCGAACGUUCCAUCUACUACUCAGAGUCAUACAGAGACAGUCGAUUUGUCGUCGUCAUACACUAGUAGACGUCACAUGACAUCAGGACUAGUUACCAGUUCUGUCGAUGGAAACAACAAACAGGGCUCCUUAGAUCUUGAAGUAAAAUUUCCUACAAGGAGGAAAAAUCGACCGAGAUCUGCGCCUGUCGUUAGACCUGAUACUUUAAUGAUGGAAAGCAAUCGUAUCAUUUCUACAGGCAAUACAACAUUACCUCGCAGAACUCAUAUCCAUCCUCCUAUAUCCCCAUCUGAUCCUCUAUCUUUGUCUCCACGUCCAAAUCAUUUAUCUGGCAGACUACCUUCCACCAAUCCGCCUGCCUUUAGCACUCUGUAUAGGUCCCAAAAUAAACAUUUGCCAUUACAGGCAAAGUCUGCCCUAUCGUUUUCUGCGUUAAGUGAACACAGUGAUCCGUCUCCAUCCACGGUAAAUGUUGCAUCACACUCGUCCCUUCCCGAAGAGCCAGAAAUAGAGGAAUCCGUUCCUGAUGUUCGGUCGAGAACAUGGACUCAGCCAAGAAGUUUUUUAGAUCAAGAGUUUCCAAAACGUUAUAAACGUUGCACAUCACCACAAACACUUCCCAAGUCGUCAAAAGAUUCGGGUCGGUCAAGUCUUCCACGUCAACGACGAGUAAAAUCCACUUCUUCUUAUACCCAAUCUUUCAACACUAUCGAAACUCAAUCGAUUAUCUCGGAUCAUUCAAGUUGUCGAUUAAGCUCAAUUGAAUCAACAUCCGCUCAGAAUACAACUCAUAUUCAAUCUACUUCUGCCUAUCUACGUGAUAUCACUCCAGUUAUUCAUAUCAAUCAACAUGAAUCCGACAAUGGAGAUAAAAAUACUGAAAAAAUCCGUGAGCUGCAUAUCGAGAAGAACUCCUAUCCACUCGGUAUUCAAAUUUCUGAGGGAUUUUCUGGUGGAAUUUUUGUAACAACUGUAACUGAAGGAAGUAUUGCGCAGAAAGCUGGAUUACGUUAUGGCGAUCAAAUUUUGGAGUUUAAUGGCAUCAACUUUCGCUCAGCUACCUACGGUCAGGCUGCAUUGAUAUUGGGUCAGGCUGGAGGCAGCGUUCGUCUUAUGGUCCAACAUAACCCACAAAAACUCAAAGAAAAUACGAUUGACAAUUCAAAUAGUCAUGAUCUUUCUCAAGACAAUGCUCCUGUAGGGGACAGUGAUCUAACACCACCUGUACCAAGACGAUUCGUUCCGACUAAUGAUGUAGAAGCGCCGAGUGAGUCACGAUACAUCACGACAGAUCAAACUGUCCAUACAUUAGGGCUGAAUAUACUUGGUGGAAAUGCGACUGGUAUUUUUGUCUGUGAUGUAAAAUCUCCUGGUUAUGUUUUGGGAAUUAGGACUGGGGACCAAAUUCUCCAGUUCAAUGGUUUUGAUUUUACUGCUAUAACACUGGAACAAGCCACAUUGGAGUUAUUUAAACCUUGUGAAAAGAUUAAUAUGCGACUACAGUACAAUUCUGCAAAAUACAACGUGAUAAAAGACCAUCCAGGUGAUUCACUUUACGUAAGGGCUAUGUUUGACCAUUGUGCAUCUACCAAAGAUCAGUUAUCAUUCAAGAAAGAUGACAUCCUCUACAUCACAGAUACAUUAUACAAUGGUCACGUGGGUAGUUGGAAAGCUUGGAUCGUCAACAAGGAAGACGCACAACAACGAGAAAGUGGAAUGAUACCAAGUCGAAUGAAAGCUGAUCAAAUACUUCUGCUACGACUUAGUGUUGGUCAAAGUGAUGUUGAUAAUAAACUCGCUGGAAGAAGAAGUUUUUUCCGUCGCAGCAAGAAAGGCAGUUACAGUUUUAACGUUGGCCAUUCGCAAGAGAGUAGUGAUACAACACUUUCUACAUGCACGGAACUACCUGUUUCUUAUCAAAACGUUGAAAGACUUGACAGUCAUUAUCCGAGACCUGUAAUAAUUUUGGGUCCUCUUGCUGAUGUCGUUAGUAAAAAAUUAGCCACAGGAGCUCCAUACAAAUUCACUACUUGUUACAAUCAACUUACGUCUGCUUCAGAAGCCGAAAUCAAAAAAGCAAUUUCCGAAGGCUUGUAUUUGGAUUAUGUUGUGAAGGAUGGUCUCUUCUACGUCACUUUAAUGUCUACCAUCAAGGAUAACAUGGAUAAAGUAAAGCAUAGUAUCCUUGAGGUUUCACCUCUUUCCAUUGAAAAAUUACGUCAUCAACGUGUGCAUCCCAUUGUCAUCUUCGUGAAGUUUAAAUCACCUAAACAUAUAAAAGAGCAGAGUGACACCAAAAAUCUCCACUUGAAAGUCUCGACAAAAGAAGCGAGAGCAAUGUAUGAAUAUUCAAGUAGAAUGGAACAAGAAUUUAGAUCAGAAUUUACUGCCGUGAUUCCUGGAUCAAAUAUCAACACAUUAUUUUCCCAAAUACAAGACAUUGUUGAUGAGCAGCAGAAGAAAACAUUGUGGAUUCCAGUUCCAUCAAAUUUGUGUUAAUUUUUCAUUGUAUAUAAAUAGAUAGUAACUUUUUGCUUUUUUUAUUAGUGUAUUGUUAGUGUGACAUAAAUGAAGUAAUGAUAGGUAGAACAACAGUUAUGGCAGGCUCAUAAACAUGUGUAUAUUUUUUAUUAGGGAAAAUUGUACAAAAUAUAUUUUUUUAUGAUUUUAA